GGAGGGAGGCGAUGACAACGUGUCCAAACAUGGUAGUUGAGCAGGUAUGCGCACUGUGGCAAGUCUUUCCUUCAUGAGAGAGAAAAACAGAAGUUCAAACGGCUGAGACUCACAUGAAUGCAAGAACUGCUGCUGUCAUCUUGCCAUGGAACUGCAGAUGGAAAAACAAAAGCUCAGUAAUGGCCAGUUGAUUUUGGUGCCUCAUAAGGACACAAUCCGUCUGCUGGAGGUUUACGUCAAGCGCAGCCUCAGCGUAAACGAUGGGACACUGGGACAUAAGAGAGAUGAGAGUAAACAAAAGUGGGUGACAAAAAAGCCGAGACGACAUUCCAGUGACCCCUCGCUUCACUUUGAGGGGUUAACUGACAGCGAGCUUGGUCCAUUCUCUGCUGUCGAACCUCAAACAAAUACACUUGAACUGUGUCCCGAAGAAUCGGAGAAGGAGACCAAAAGGCACAAGGACAAGAAACCCUCAUUUUGGAAAAGCAUAAUAGGCUUCUUCUCUCGGAAGAGUGCUGAGGACAAAGAUGAGGAGGAGGACAAUAAACCCACAGCGACUUCCAAGGUAUCAAUGUCAUCAGAGGUGGUGUCUGAUGCUACUCCCACCUGCCUGCAUACAGCUUCUGUCACCUCACAUAAGAGCACGAGAAGAAAGUCCUUUAAAAGAAGGUUCUCCAAAAAGCGGCUGUCUGUGAUUAAAAGAGACAGUCGCAUCAUCCCUGCUGACAUUGGUGAAUUUGAAGCUGUCGUCAGCGUCGAACCGACAUACUCGUACUAUGAGAAGGUGUCGGAGGAAAUGGAAAAAAUUGUCCACGAGGUCAAAGAAAAAGAGGAAGAGCAAAGUCUUUCGGACGAGGAUGUAAUCAACAGGAUUAUCGCUCUGACAAAGGUGGAAGGUGACGCCAUAGAUAUUAAGCUGAAGGAUAAUCCCACUCUGAGCAACUUCUUCCAGGGAAUGACGUAUUCCUCCUUCCAGAAACUGGCUGAUGCUUAUCUCGAGGAAGAAGUGUCGCCCACACACAAUCCUCCCACCGUCCUGCCAACAGCGCCUGAGCUGGUCAAGCUGGCCUUCACACUCGACUUUACAGCAAGGGUGGCUUCUCUCUCCAGACAGAACAUAGGUCACAUUACAAGCCUGGGGAACCACUAUCUGCAGGAUCGAUUCAAAUAUGAACAGGCAUGCACAGAUCAUCCAUGAUUCUACGCAGAUGAUGCAAGAAUGUCACCACCCCCUCGGCUUCUUCCACAGAUGUGGCUAUGGGUGGUGUUGCAACGAGCUUCAGUUCCGUCUGCAAAUAUUUUUGUAAGAAAGGAAGAGCUGUCUGACGUGUACAAACUCAAGCAAGCACUCGUCUUACUUCUUAUGCUGAAACUAUGUUCCAGCAUGCAGGUAACGCAGUGCUUCGUGAAAGAGCAGCGGAACAGCAUUGGUCGAGUCAACACAUGCCUCAGUUGCUCUGAUUCAAUAAAGCUAAUUUUUACUAAA